UUAUUAUCACUUCGCCGAGCGAUAUUGAAUCAACCAGUUGCGAUCGUACCGAGCUGACGACUGAUCAAUUUGUGACCGUCGGCGUCUGCUGAAAGAAAAUAUCUUUGGAUCUCGACGGAAAGGAGCAUCAGAAUGGAAGACUACUCGGAAAUUUAUUACACCAAUCCCGAUGAAAUGAUGGGGGCAAGCAGGCCAAAGCAGAACUACGCCAUGCACAGGCAGCUCACAGUCUUCGAGGCUGAGGUCCGGCGGGCUGACAGCCUCUUCUCCGUCGACCGACUCUACCGAGAGCUGAGGGGAAUCAUCCCACAGAAUUUCACCGUGAAUUCCCUCAAGGCCCUCCGCGAGGUCGUCAAAAACGCCCCGCCAUCGCCUCAAAGACGCGCCAGUAACAUGUUCUUCAAGACGUUCUAUGAGUACUUGGAGUACCUGCGGCGUCUUGCCGAGAUCUUCAAGGAGAGAAUCUACACUGUGUUGUUCGAGUUCUACUACGACACCUCCUUCAUACGACUGAAAGACCUGCACGUGAAGAAAGGGGGUUUGGUCAAGGGGCAGGGCCAGGGUUUGUCGCCAGAACUGGUCAUGGAGGUCGGGGAGUUGUGCCGACAGCUCUCAUUCAACAUCGACGGUCUGGAAGACACGGUCAACUGCUGGCAGGAACUUCUGGGGGAGUCCGACAUCGACCAGAAUCUCUUUGACGAAAAUUCGGCUCAAAGCAUCCGUCAGCAUAAGGAUUGCAAGAGAUUCCAGGAUCUUUUGAGGCUGGUUCCGGACGUGCUUAACAAGAGCCGGAUGGCGGUGGUGCUGGCCAGGGCUUGGUGGUACAAAGCUGAGAAGAUUCGACGGAAGUUAGCUGGAAACCCUGGAUCCGACAGCGGUAUGUCAUCUUCAUCAGAGGUAGAGGCUCCUUCAGUGGCGUCUAGACCUUCUCGAUUGACUAACCGACAGAAGGCCACCAACAACAACCCUAUGCGGCAACAACCAACCACCUCCCGUAAGAAGGUGAAAAGUCUGGAAGACAUGGACAAGGAGCGAACAUCGUACGUCAAGAAACCGGCACCUGUACCUGAACCCGGCAAUCAAAACAAGAAAUCCAAGACCUCAGACAGGCAAACGGGUGUCAAAAAAAAUCCCAACCAAGAGGCAAUAAAAGAAGCUGAGCAACCUGAAAACGGUCAGUCAUUCGCUGAAAGGAAGCCUAAACCACCAAACGACAAAUCACCACCAAAAAGGGGGCUCAAUCAGAAAUCCAGAGCAGCCAAGGCCGAAUCUAAGUCAGAUGACCUCGGACCAGCAGAGGAAGAGAAAAAUCAGGAAGAGACGGGCCAGAGUUAUCAGACAAGUGAUCCAAAGAUGAGCAAGCAUACCAAGAGCCGGCCUGCUGUUCGCAAUCAAAGAGGUGGAGUUCAGAGAGGUGAAGGUUCCCAGGUAAAUGCAGCCGACGCCGAGGAUGCAGGCGAGGCUACCGAGGACAACCGCGGGCAACUUGAGGAAAACGGAGCGAACAACCUACCAGCAUUACAAUCUCAACAGAAGGGGAAGAAGUUGAGGGAUCAAGAUACCAACAAGAACCAGAGAAGCGCCUCCCCGGAUUACAACGAAGUUGACACGAUGCCUUCGAUUCACAACAAUGGCAAUACCAAGGGAAGACGCAAAGCACCUGCCCAAGCAAGACCAAACAAUACCAAAACAGGACAAGGAAAUUAUCAGGGGCAACCUGCUCAACGAAGAUCAAAAGAGGCUCCGGCUUCGAUGAGGGGAACAGAAGAUGGCAUGGAGGCUCUGUCCCUUGAACCAGAACAGGAGCGCAAUGAGCAGGAGCCACGUGAUUCUGGACCCCUCUCCUGGCAAGAGAAGAAACUGGAGAAGCUACGCCAGAAGCUGGAAGAGCUUAUAGAAGGCAAGGAGACCCAGCAGGCCGCUCUCAAGCUUCUGACAGCAAUGAAAGACAACUUGGCCAGGGAGAUACCCAAGUAUAGAGGCAGCUACCGCCUAAAACGCAGACUGCAAGCCAGGGUAGCCUUGCUGAUGGAGAAGGCCCAUGGAUGGAAGGAAGAGACCAAGAGUCUGGAUUAUCAGCACCAGCUCCUAUCAGAGGACCUCAGGCUGGAAAUGAAGCUAAACGGGUCUUUCUACAGAUACAACGACAUAAUGAAAGACAGGAUAGGCUAUUUGAACGAGCUGGUCCGGAGCGAACGAAUCGGGAUAGAAGAGCUUCUAGGAGAACUGAGCAACUUGAAAGACACCACAGACCAGAUGCUCUACUACGGCAUCCCCUUCGAUCCUGACUUCGACGAGUAUGAGUUGGAGUUUGGGAGCCUGUCCGGAUACGCGCCAGGCUAUGGGUACAGGUACGGAGCCUUAGGAGGGAGCUUGAGACCCUACAAGGCUGCUCAGUUCCUUCGCGAUGAGGAGCUGCUGCUGAGUAGAAGCCUCCAAAGCAGGUACGAGAGGUCCAUCUGGGACGCCCUGAAGUGGGAGAAUGUUGACAGCAUGUCAUUGAUGAGUCCCGAGGAUAGCUUCAGUUACCCCUCUAGAGCCCGGGAGGAAAACGCAGACGGGGCUGCAGGUGGUUACAGGAGCAGGAAGGAUCAAGGGAGGGGUUACCAAGGAGAUGACGACUUGAGCUCAGAAUCUGACGGUGGUGAAGAUGAGAGAUCUGGCAACAAGCAGCCUCAGAUGUAUGACCUGAAGCGCGAUGAGAAGCAGCCACCUUCGUUUGUACCGAUCUAGAUGACGGGCCUCUCUCACGAUUACGUAAGGUCAUCUCAUACCACGCCCACUUCACACAGACUGGUUCAAAACAUUAUAAACAGUCGCAAACAAUUGCAAUUCGUCAUUUAGAAGAGAUUAACACCUGGGAUUAGAAGGCCCAAGUAAUGCGAAAACAGAGAAUAAAUCUAAUAUGGAAUUCAAAAUUAUAUUUAUUGAAUUUAACAAUUAAAACUUAAAACAAUAUGUAUUUAAAUAGUUCAAUUCUUUCGCCGUGAUUUAACAAAAUAUACGUCUCGUGAAAUGAGCCUACAUGAUGUUGCGCUGUACAAGGUCAGAACCCAUUAAGAUUAUGGGCGACAAAGAUAGAACACAGUAGGUAUUUUCUUCUGGGAGGAAGAAAAGGAAUUUCCGUGCGCAUUUUGACAUGCAGAAACAAAUAAAUUAAAGGGAAUGUACAUCAUUGGGUUUUGCUGUAAUUUUCAGAAAUGAAUUAUUUGAGGGGUUAGUAUAAUAGAUCAAAUAUUCUUACACUGACAUGUUUGUAGUUUUGUG